UUCUUUGAUAUUAGCCUUUGGAAGUUUGAGAUAACCAGACACCCAAAGAGAUAGCGUUCGGCAGACAGAGAGAAGAAAUAUGGCACUGAGAUUGUGGGCUUCUUCUACAGCCAAUGCACUCAGAAUCUCCACUGCCUCCAAAUCCCACCUCUCUCCUGCAUUUUCUCUCUCCAGAUGCUUUUCUACUGUUUUGGAUGGAUUGAAGUAUGCAUCUUCACAUGAGUGGGUGAAACAUGAAGGCUCAGUGGCAACAAUUGGUAUCACUGAUCAUGCUCAGGACCAUCUUGGAGAAGUAGUGUUUGUUGAGCUGCCAGAAUCUGGUCGUUCAGUCUCUCAAGGAGGCAGUUUUGGAGCUGUUGAAAGUGUCAAAGCAACCAGUGAUGUAAAUUCCCCGAUCUCCGGCGAAGUCGUCGAGGUUAACUCAAAGCUUACUGAAUCACCUGGUUUGAUCAAUUCGAGCCCCUAUGAAGAUGGAUGGAUGAUCAAGAUCAAGCCCAGCAGUCCAUCAGAGCUAGAAUCCUUGUUGGGACCUAAAGAAUACACGAAAUUUUGCGAGGAAGAAGAUGCAGCCCAUUAGAUAUAGGCAUGCAGUGAAGACCCUACAAUCUUGAACUAACUGAUGUUCAGCUGUUUAAGGUUCAAUUAAUGUUUGAUUAAGUUGUUAUUAUUAUCAAAGUACUGCAACAUCUAAAUCAAAUGUGCUUUAUUUAUUUCC